AUGACAAAUCCUCAUUUCACUCUUGCUGAUCUUAUGCUGGUGUUGCUGUUGCAUAAUUGUUUUUCUUUGUCUAUGGAAUCAGCCAACAUCACCACAGACCAACUAGCUCUUCUUGCAUUCAAAGCCAAUGUCCAUGACCCUCAAAACCUCUUGGCAGCCAACUGGUCUAUAUAUACCUCUGUUUGCAAUUGGAUUGGUGUCAGUUGCGGAUCCAAGCACCAAAGAGUCACAGCUCUUAGUCUCUCUAACUUGAGUCUAACUGGAACUCUCCCACCUCACUUGGGAAAUUUAUCUUUUCUUUCAUUGCUCAACAUCGAAGAAAACGGUUUUGAAGGCUCAUUACCUGUCGAGUUGGCUAAUUUGCAUCGGCUGAGAUAUAUAAGCUUUGCUAAGAACAACUUUACCGGGGAACUCCCAUCAUGGUUUGAUUCCUUUCCUAAACUUGAAAGCUUGUAUUUGCAAAAAAAUUACUUCACGGGUGUUAUCCCCUCUUCUAUGUGCUAUUUGCCAAAUCUAGAGAUCUUGGAUUUGCAUGAAAAUAAUCUGAAAGGACAGAUUCCUGAAGAAAUUGGAAAUCUUACAAGCUUGAAGAUGUUAUAUUUGCAGAAUAAUCAGCUUUCAGGUUCCAUACCCUCCUCAAUCUUCAACAUAUCUUCAUUACAAGAUGUUGAACUCAAAAGCAAUUAUCUAACUGGUGCAAUUCCACUUGAGAUUACCAGCCUUUCUAAUUUGGAGAUCUUAUAUUUGGGAUAUAACAAACUCUUUGGUCCUAUCCCUCCUGCUAUCUUUAACAGCUCAACUAUGCAGCAGUUGUCACUGCAAGCAAAUCGCCUGUCAGGCCAUCUUCCGGAAAGUCUUUGGCUUCCACAAGUUGAGUACUUUUAUCUUGGAGAAAAUCAACUCGAUGGAGAAAUCCCAUCCUCUCUCUCCAAUGCCUCCCAGCUUAUUAGCAUUGAGCUGCAAGGGAAUUUCUUCUCUGGCUUUCUUCCGGACACCUUUGGCAAUCUAAGAAAUCUAGAAGAUCUCAACCUGCAUGAAAACAAUUUCUCUAGUAAACUUUCAUCCCCAGAAAUGAGCUUCAUCUCAUCUUUGACAAACUGUAGAAACUUGAAAUAUUUGUACAUUGAUAAAAAUCCAUUAAUCAAUACUGAACUUCCGGUUUCGAUUGGAAAUCUCUCAAGUUUUCUUGAAGUUUUCUCUGCUACUGGGUGCAACAUCAAGGGCAGCAUCCCGAGAGAAAUUGGGAACUUAAGCGGCUUGGUGGACAUGAACCUAGACAACAAUAAAUUGACUGGAACGAUUCCUACAACUGUUGGCAGAAUAAGAGACCUACAAUCUAUUUCUCUGCAAGACAAUGAUUUAGAAGGAUCGAUCCCAGUUGAUAUAUGCCGUUUGGAGAGCUUGAGUUUAUUACUUCUCACCAACAACAAACUUUCUGGACCAAUACUGGCAUGCUUGGGUAAUCUCAAUUCUCUAAGAUCUCUGCUCUUAGGCUCUAACAGUUUUACAUCCUCAAUACCCUUAAACUUGACAAGACUGGAAGAUAUCUUGCAUUUGAAUUUGUCUUCGAAUUCCUUAACUGGCCCUCUCCCAAUUGAUAUUGGAAAAUGGAAGGUUGUGAUUGAUUUGGAUUUAUCAGGAAACCAAUUAUCAGGGGAUAUACCGGCUAGUAUUGGGGAUCUCAAAGGCAUUACCCAUCUUUCCUUAUCUAGUAAUAAGUUGCAGGGCUCCAUUCCUCAGUCGACUAGUGGCAUGAUAGACUUGGAAUUCUUGGAUUUGUCAAGAAAUAAUCUAUCUGGAACAAUUCCUAGAUCCCUAGAGAAGCUUUGGAAUCUCAAAUAUUUUAAUGUCUCAUUCAAUAGACUUGAAGGAGAAAUUCCUGACGGAGGAGCAUUCUCAAACUACUCGAUUCAAUCAUUUAUGGGGAAUCAAGCAUUGUGUGGUGCCGCUCGAUUGCACCUCCCACCGUGCAAAACUAACGCUCAUAGUCGAUCCAGGAAGAUCACAAAGCUUCUAAAAUAUAUUCUGCCAACAGUAGUUGCCACAACAAUUAUAACACUGGCCUUGAUCAUCAUUUUUUUACGAAGUCAAAAAAGGAAAGCAAGCUUGCCAAGUUAUGGAGAUAUUUUACCUUUAGCAACAUGGAGGAGAAUUUCAUAUCACGAGCUUCAACAAGCUACUGAUGGAUUUUGUGAAAGCAAUUUGCUUGGUGUCGGCAGUUUUGGCUCAGUAUACCAAGGGACACUGCCAGAUGGAACGAGCAUCGCAGUGAAGGUGUUCAAUUUGGAGUUAGAAAAAGCCUUUAAGAGCUUUGAAGUUGAGUGUGAGGUCCUUCGAAACAUUCGCCAUCGGAAUUUGGUCAAAAUCAUCAGUAGUUGCUGUAAAAUUGAUUUUAAAGCUCUGGUAUUAGAGUUCUUGCCUAACGGAAGCCUGGAGAAGUGGUUGUAUUCUCACAACCAUUUUCUAGAUAUCUUGCAAAGGCUGAACAUAAUGAUAGAUGUUGCAUCUGCUUUAGAGUAUCUCCAUCAUGGCCAUACAACAUCCGUGGUGCAUUGCGAUUUAAAGCCUAGCAAUGUCCUUCUAGAUGAAGAUAUGGGUGCACAUUUGGUUGAUUUUGGCAUAGCAAAACUUUUAGGUGAAGAGGGCUCAGUGAUACAAACAAUGACAUUGGCAACUAUUGGGUAUAUGGCACCAGAGUAUGGAGCGGAAGGAAUUAUUUCUAUAAAAGGUGAUGUCUACAGUUUUGGCAUUCUUUUGAUGGAAAUCUUCACAAGAAAAAAGCCCACAGAUGAAAUGUUUUCAGAAGAAAUGAGCUUGAAGAAUUGGGUGAAACAGUCUUUACCAUCUGCAGUAAUUCAAGUUGUGGACAAAAAUUUGCUAAGUUCUAGAGAGAGAGAACACUUGGCAGCAAAGGAUUGUGCCUUGUCCAUUAUGCAAUUGGGUACUGAAUGUUCUGCAGAUUUACCUGAGGAGAGGAUUGACAUGAAAAAUGUUGUUGUGAAGCUGAAAAAGAUCAAAAUCAAGUUUCUAAAAGACAUUGAACGGGUUCGAUAAAAGCCAAUAUUCUGCAACUCGUACAUGUUUGUUGUCCUUCAGUUGAUACUUGAUACCGUGGCUUGUUUCACAUUUCCAAUUAGCUAGAAAUACUGUGUACUUUUUUAACUGUU